CCCCAGCACAGGACAAUGUGCUCCCGGCAGGAGAAGGACCAGUGCCACAGUUACACCCGCCAGAGCUCCGGGGGCUGCCACAGCUCCGGGGGUGGGGGCUGCCACAGCUCUGGGGGCAGCUCUGGGGGCUGCCACAGCUCCGGGGGCAGCUCUGGGGGCUGCCACAGCUCCAGGGGUGGUGGUGGCUGCCACAGCUCCGGGGGUGGUGGCUGUCACAGCUCCGGGGGCAGCUCUGGGGGCUGUCACAGCUCCGGCGGCUCCGGCUGCCACGGGAAGCCCCAGAUUCGGGUCCAGCAGCAGCAGCAGCAGCAGCAGCAGAUACCCCAGGUGCCCCAGCAGAAGACGAAGUGAUGGGGGUCCAUGCCUGGACCAGCUCCCUCCCACCUCCCAGAGCUCUGCCAGCCCCAGGGGUGCCCAGCUGACAAACCCUCUCCCGCGCCCUCUGGAGCUGCUGCUCCCUGGGGAAGGGGCACCACUGACACCCCAGGCUGUGCUUUGGCCCCAUGAGGUGCCCAAUAAAGUGUCCCAUUCCCAA